AUGCUGAAUGAAGUGUCGAUAGGCGGCGAGAAUGUGAAAUUGCUGCAAUCGGCGUUGCCGAAAAUUGAGAAAUUUGCAAUUGUUGAGCAUAAUGAUGCAAUUCUUGAGAGGCUCAAAGCCAUACAAAGCUCGUUAAUCGAGGAAAUGACGAAUUUGAACGCCUUGAGGGACGCUGCGAAACAGAAGGAAGUCGAGGUGCAAAAGGAGAAGGAGACGAUCGUCAAGGAAAUUGCCAAAGACGAGAAGAGCCUGUGCGAGUCGGAAGCGUUGAGCGCUGAAAUCGAGCAGCUCAUCAAACAGAAUUGCGAGAAAAACGAGGAGUUUCAAAACAUUUGCGCGGAAAUUGGCGACCUCGAAGCGAAUCUCAAAGAAUUGGAAGAGACGAAACGGAAAAUCGACGAUGAUACUGUGGAAAUUUCGAGGAAAAUCGAGGAGGCCGAAGAAAAACGAAAGCGGCGCGAAGAGGACGUUGAACAAUCGAAGCUCGCCGAGCUCAAAGCCAUCGAAGAGGCGAUACAGAAAAUCGACGAAUUGGAAGAAAUGAGCGAUGAAGCGCUGGAUUUGUUCGAGAUGAGCCCCAGGGUUUGUGAGCUUCUCAAUUAUUUGAGGCUGGCGACCGAAGAGCUCGCUGAAUCGCUUGACGGAUUAUGGGAGAAUGAGACGAUUGAGAGCAUGGAGCAGAAGCUCAAGCAAGCCCGAGAGGAAACGAAAGCGAAAAACGAGGAACUAUCAAUAAUGACGAAAAUCCAAAAUGAGAUAUCAUUGAUUGAGCAGGAGAUAAUGAUCGCGAAAUCGGAAAAGGAGAACGUCGACAAAACGGCGAAAGAGCGAAAAUUGCAAAUCGAGCGUCUGAAAUCGUAUCAAAAGCGAAAAAUCGACGAAAUUCAACGACAAGCAGCGCACGCGGCCGCUUUGAUCAGCCUUCACGCGGCGGCGACAAAUCCGGAAUUGUCGCAAUUCGUCGCCAACUCGACAACGUCGAUGUCGGGCUAUAAGACGCCGUUGGCGGCGGCGAAAGCGCCGAUGCCGCUUCAGCGGAAGAAUGCUGGCGAGAAGCGACAACUCUCCGAUGAGUCUCGAUUCACGCCGGUUUUGGAUGAGAGCCCAUAUCCGGGAAUCAAGAUUAUGAAAAUCGAUGUCAAUGAGUUCAAGAAGCGUUCUUUCAAUUCUUCAGAAUAUGUGACGAGUUUCGAUGAUUCGAUGAAUGUCUCAAAAUCAUCAUUGGACUCGGGAAGUACUCAAAACGGAACAAUGAUGGGCGGAAUGUUCAGUCCGCUUGGGAACAACAAGCGAAAGCCGGAUAGCGAGGACGAGGACGCCGAGGAUGAUCAGGUGCUCGCCAACUUCUCGAUGAUGGAUCAUUUCCGCAAUUUUGAGAAGAAAAAGCAGAAGCAGCGCGGCGGCGAUGAUUUUGACGAUUCUGAGGCGACGCCGAGUCCCGAAGACUCGGUCUCGCAGCGAUUUCAGCCGAAUAUAUUCUUGGAUGUUGAGGAGGAUGACGUUUCGCCGAUUAGUCGAACAACGAUGGAACGAAGUCCUGAUAUAUCGGCGCUUGAUGGAGGCGAGAAGGAUGAUCUUGAAAUCAGCAUGGAUGAUGCCGACAAUUCGCUUCUGGCGAACAACACCGACGUUGAUAAUGACACAUCAAUCUGGGGAAGCGAAUUUUGA